AUGGCCGCACCGCCUAUCGGCAUUCAUCAGAGACUAGCUCUGGCGAGGACCGGCGAAUUAAGGCUCGGAUCUCUAAUUUCUGUCAUUUCGACAUCUGAAAUGCGAUAUGAAGGGAUUUUAUUUGAAAUUAGUAAUCAUAGACUUGGGCUUAAGUAUGUGAAAUUCUUUGGGUCGGAAGGACGCUUAAAAUAUGGCCCUCAGAUUCCUGGAAAGGACCGAAUCUACAAUUAUAUAUACUUACGCGGAGCCAACAUAAAGGAUCUGCAGGUUAUAUCUCCUCCUUUACCUUCAACUACAUCUGUUGUACCUGGCCAUCCUGCGAUAAUACGGCCUCGUUUUGGUCACCCCACUCCUACACAUAUGGCCUUCACAUCUCAUGGUGCAAAUGUUAGAAGCAGUGCACGACCCAUCCUCAGGCCUGUUACAUCAUUCCGUUCAGCAUCAACUUCAAGCUUUAGGGGCUCAUUUCUCCCUCCUCCACCUGCAAAUAUCUCUAGGACUAGGCCUAAUUAUUGGCCAGGACUAAUUGGGUCCUCAAGAGGAGUUGCUUAUUUUCAUCCUCCGCCUUCACAGGCCCCAGUUCAACAGCACCAGAAUGUAAAUACCUCUCUAGUUGGUGGAUCCAGUUAUUAUGAACACCAACAUCCCUUGUUGUUGGGUCAUAGUACUAGCCGUUGCCCAACUACGAAUCCUUCCUUGCUAUCUGGCGGACAAGUGACAUUUUCUUUGCCACAAGCACAACAGUCAGGACAGAGGCAGAAGGUAAACAUAGAAGAAAUGACUGUUAUAGCACCGGUAAUGGAGCCUCUUCCAUCAAAUAGCAGUGAAGAAACCCUGGAGAAACCCACAACUGAAACUGGAUCUACAUCAUCUCCUCAUGAUAAAAAUCAGUCUGCUGGGGGAAGAGAUCAGAAACCCGGUGUGAUAAGAAGAUUUGUAGAGGACUUUGAUUUCGAGGGAAUGUACAAAAAGUUCAACAAGAAAGAAGUUUGGGCCAUCUUCAGCAACAAUGAUGACCAUAAGCUGCCUGUUUACCAUAAGGACGACUUCUUUGACUAUCUUUCUUAUGGUCUACCAGAGCAUGAAUCCAUACUGACGCUCUCUCAACAAAUGAAAAUAGACAACGAGACCUUUGGUGUAGAGAUCCCAAUAGUCCAUAUGGAUCAUGGCAACAGACCACACUCGUCUAGGACAUCUCAACCCUCACUUGGUGGCAGAGGAUAUGGCAAUGUGCGUGGUGGUCCUGGAAAAAAAGUGUGGAGGCGUGUCUCAAAAUGACACUUCAUGUGUCUGCUUCAAUUUAAUCUUAUGGUCGAAAACUAUAACUUGGUAACUAUGAAGAAUGUAAUUAGUGGUAAAUGAUCAGCUGAUACCAUAACUUCCUGAGGAAGAGUUAGACAGCUUUGCUUUUAAUUUGCUCCAACUUAAUUUAUAAACUUUGUUGAAUGGAUGCUUUUGUUAGUAAUGCUAAGCAGUAAAAUUUGGCCAUUU